AUGCAGUACUACGAGAAAUAUAAUAGUUAUCGCAUCGAGAAAGCAAUAGCAAUAAAUACGCUGAACAAUGUUAAUUUACAAAACGAGAUUACGAUGUAUAAACAAAUAAUUCAUGCGGUAGACAUUCAUCGUAAAGCUAUCAAGUUUAUCGCAUUAUUCUUUUCUGGUUGUGAUCAAUCACGCAUGGCUUUAAUAAUGUUUGCUGUAAUUUGUUUGAGCUUCAAUCUUUAUGGCAUUUCAGAGGCUAUCUUAUUUGGAGACUUCCAACAAUUUAUAAUACAUUUUCUACUUGUACUCAGUAUUUUUGUAUAUGGUUUUGCAGCAAAUUAUGCUGGACAAGAACUCAUAAAUCACAACAACCGCAUAUUUUCCACUGCGUAUAAUGUUCGAUGGUACAUAGCACCGUUACAUAUACAGAAGUUAAUAUUAUUUCUUUUACAAAGGGGCACCAAAACUGUCAGCCUGAAUAUUGGCGGAAUGUUCGUGUUGUCUGUAGAGCUUUUUGGCAUGUUAGUGAAAGCAUCGAUAUCUUACUUUACUGUUAUUUGUUCUAUGGAACAUUGAGACGAAAAUUUAUCAUUCAAUGAUGUAUUACAAGUUAUAGUACAAUAGGUAAGUUUAAAUACAAUUUUUCUAUCUGUUCAUUGUUAGAUAAGCUUCCUGAAGAAUUAACGUUUCUUUCUUUCUGAAUCGAAUCGAAAUUGUAUAAUAUGCAUUCUGUUUACAACGAAAGUAUAAAUAGAAGUCUUACUUGAUUUUUACAUUAAAUUAAUGAUAUCUAUUAAACGUGAAACAUUUUUUACUUUU